AUGGAGAGGUGCUGAUCACAUCUGAUGAAGCUAUUGGAACCAGGAAAACUGAUUUUCGCCAAAACAGCUUGUUUGCAGAAAGCUUCUCUGUAAUUACCUGUCUCUACCUACUUGAUCUCACAUUUACUUUAUUUGUAUUUUAGUCCGUAAUUUGUGCACUUAAGUCCUGCAAUUCACAUACAUUGGUGGAGUUAAUUUAAAUUGUCACUCUGCAUUACAAUGAAUUGUAGCAUCCAUUGCUUUCUCUUCCUGCUAGUAAUACACAAUCAUCUCAGUAGUCUCAAAAUAAAACCAGUUGGUAUAUAUAGUCUAAUAGAGAUUUACCAAGUUUUUUGCAUCACUGGCAUGCAGUGAGAGCAGAAUUAGAAAAAGCAAGAGCUCUACCUAUUAGGAAGGAAAGUGACUGCUGUAAACAUUCCUCUUUUUGUUUUCCCAUUGCUUUUGUUGUUGUUUGUUCUGUUUGGUUGGUUAGUUUUGCCUGUUUUGGUGUUGUAACGCAGUGCUAUUCAGGUGAAAGCAGUGCAGACCUUGCUGUGGUGCUGGAUAUCCUCUUGGUGUGGGAGCUACCAAGGCCUGGUGCCCUUUCCGUCUCCCUGGUUUGUGAAGUGCUGUGUAAUCUUGGCAGUGUUCUGCAGUCAGCUGCAGAAGAGUUGAAUAGAGACAAGAAUUUCAGAAAGUAAACAUAGCACAUACCCUUUUCUCACUGAAGUGUCAGGAAGAAGUAAUUAAUGUUGUACAGACAGUUUUACUUUUGGCAUUUCCUAAUGUUUGAGUAUUUGCAGCCUCAGCAUUCUUUUUGACAAUUUUCCAGAGCAGUAUCUCUUAGCCCAGAUGCUGCACUUGGAAUGUCAGAUGUGAACAGAACAGAAAAUUUGAGGUAAGACUUGUUCAGAUUAAUUUGCCAGGGGCAGAGGUUUAGAGACAGCCUAGGACCAACUCCUCUAUUCCUGCAGGACAGUAUGGUUAUUGCAAAUAUAUUUGCAAUAUAUUGCAACUGAUUCCUGAGCACUGGAAGAAAUUUCUGGAAUACAACCCAGAUUAAUUACUGUGUAAGGAAGGAUUUUUUUCUCCAGGGAAGGGUUCUUGCCCUUGCCAAGAGUGGUUGACAUAUGCUUGAAUGCUACCGAAGAACUUGAAUGAAUGAAUAAAAUGUGAAAAGAUCUUUCAAAACAUGCCUGAUGUCCUUUCUGCCAGCUGAUAAAUAACACCAAUGGAUUAUGCAAGUAGAGUUGCAAGGAUGAGUUGAGUGUUUUUGGACAGCAAAUCUUGAGACAGAAUAACAGCCCACAGGGACAUCUCUGCUGUGAAAGGAGCACAGCCACAGAGAAAGCACCAACAUUCCACACAGCCUGUUCCACUAGCUGUACUCUAGAAAUCUUUUAAGAACUGCUCCUGUUUGUAGGGAUUUGCUUUCUGUUGAGGAGGUCUUUGCAUGUGCUGCUUCAAAUGCUGUGAAUUAAAAAUAAAGCAAAGAAUUACAGGCUCUGGAAUUUAUUCUGCUGAGCAAGACUCCUGCUACUGAGAUAAGGCAGAAACUAAUUCAUAAAGCCUCAUAGGGGACAAGAACUCAACACCAAAAUGGAACUUAUUGUGAUGUCUGUAACACUUUUUGCCAACACCACUAGUUAUUUUUGAUUCUUCGCUGUGCUAUUUACAGUUGAUCUGUAUUGUUUACUGUGAAAACUCAAAUUACAACACUUCAUUGCUCUUGGUUCCCAAGUCUGCAUCUGUACCCACUGUUUUACAAGGCUACUGGCUGCUUCCUUUUACCUCUGCCCCGAGAAUGCUACAGGAUCAGUGUUCCUGCCUUCACCUGACAGCUGCAACUUUGUACCUGAGUUCUUGGCAUGCACGUAGGCAGUAUUUUGAAUGACACCUUCCAUAAAACUGAUUGCUCAAAGGGAUGUUUCUGGCUGAGGUUCCCACCUUCUCUGAUCCAGCCUCUGCUGGAUCUUUAAAUAAUGGUAUCAUUAGCAUAUUGCAGCAUGGUGAUGUAUUAAAUAACACUCAAGAAUGGAAAUAAUCCUCAUUUUCUUGGAUCAGGGACAGUGGUAGGAAAGCAGGGAAGUGAAAAUUCAGAAAUCUUUAAUGUGACAGGGAAGAGUUAAGAAGAACAAUACAGAGCCAUUUCAACUGACAGAUUUGUAGCAAUUUUAUAAUAAGAGUUUGGAAGUGUGAAAUGAUGAUAAGUGUAAUUCUCAUAUCUCUGGUUUUGUUUCUUCUGAGUGCACAGUUCCUGAAUCUGCAAUGGAAGAGUCGUGGAUUUCCUCCUGGACCAACCCCAUUUCCCAUUAUUGGAAGCGUCUGGUGGAUAAACUUUAGAGCAGAUCAUGGGAGCCUGAAAAAGCUGGCAAAAACCUAUGGCAACAUCUGCACCCUGUGGAUGGGUCACAGACCUAUUGUGGUGCUCUAUGGGUUCCAAGCUGUGAAGAACGGUCUCACCAACAACUCGGAGGAUGUUUCAGGGCGACUGCAGAGCUACAUUUUCAACAAAAUGGCAGAAGGAAAGGGUAUCUUGGUCUCAAAUGGUCUCAUCUGGAAACAACAGAGGCAUUUUGGAAUUGGAACUCUCCGAAAGCUGGGAAUGGGGAAUAAAGGAAUGGAGCGUGGGAUACAAACAGAGGCUCGUUUCCUGGUCGAGUUCUUCAGAGACAGAGAGGGAGAAGCUGUUGACCCUUCCUUCCCCAUUGUCCACGCUGUCUCCAAUGUGAUUUGUGCUGUGGUUUUUGGACAUCGUUUCUCCCUAGAAGACAAAACCUUCCACCAGCUGAUUGAAGCCUUCAAUCAUAUAGUGGCUUUUGGGAACAGCCACAUUUAUUAUAUGUGUGAAGUGUUCCCGUGGUUUGCAGAGCACCUCCCAGGACCUCAAAAUAAAGCAAGAUUUUCCCGGGAUUUUGUUCAUUCCUUUGUAAGGCAGGAAAUCAAAAGCCACAGGAAAAAAGGCAGAAUAGAUGAACCAGAAGAUUUCAUUGACUUUUACCUGAAGCAGAUAGAGAAAACUAAAAAUGUGCCCAAUUCUACAUUUGAUGAAGACAACAUGGUGCAGUCUGUUUUUGACCUUUUCCUGGGUGGCUCAGAGACCACAGCCACCACUCUGCGCUGGGCUCUGCUCUAUAUGUUGGUUUAUCCUGACGUCCAAGACAAAGUCCAGAAAGAGCUGGAUGCUGUUCUGAGUCCCUCCCAUCUCAUCUGCUACGAGGAUAGGAAGAAGCUGCCGUACACAAAUGCUGUGAUUCAUGAGAUCCUCCGCUUCAGCAGCAUUGUUUUAAUCACAAUUCCUAGAGAAGCUGUGAAGGAUACCACAGUUUUGGGGUAUCACAUUCCAAAGGGCACUAUAAUUAUGGCCAAUGUAGACUCUGCUCUUUUUGACCCUGCCUAUUGGGAGACGCCUCACCAGUUCAACCCUGACCAUUUCUUGGACAAGGAUGGAAAUUUUGUGACCCGAGAGGCCUUCUUGGCCUUCUCAGCAGGUCACCGUGUUUGUCUGGGAGAGACGAUGGCCAAGAUGGAGCUUUUCAUCAUAUUCUGCAGCCUGCUGCAGAAAUUCAAGUUCACUGUACCAGAAGGAGUUAAGGAAGUUAACACAGACAUUAUCUUUGGGAGCACCAUGAAACCCCAUCCAUACAAGCUCUGUGCAGUUCUGCGCUAGGUUGCUCAGCAUUAGAGAUUUAAGAGGCACAGACACAGGUUUGGUAGUGUGCCGGUAUUUGUGCAGCUUUAGGGUUCUCAUUUUUAGCUCAAAUGCAGUGCAAAUCUCUCCUUGUUGUGUUACAUGUCUUAGAAGCCAGUCCUGAAAAACACUCUGGUUUCCUGUGUCUGGAAAGUGUCUGUACUUUUUUCCUGCUGUGUUACAAA